AUGGGAAACCAUGCCUCUGUCAUUGCGCAAAUGUUUCCUCCCCGACCAACUUGGAGCGUGGAUGAUAUACCUGACCUCACAGGGAAGGUCAUGAUCGUAACAGGUGGCAAUACUGGUAUCGGGAAAGAGACAGUGAAGGCGCUCCUGGCCCAUAACGCCAAGGUCUAUAUGGCGGCAAGAAGCUCAGAGAAAGCGCACUCUGCGAUUGAAGACCUCAGGCAAGCGACAGGCAGGGAGGCGAUCUUUCUUGCUCUGGACUUGUCCGAUCUUGUGAGCGUGAAGCGGGCCGCUGAGGAGUAUCUAGCCAAAGAAUCUGUUCUGGACGUGCUCUUCAACAACGCUGCGGUCAUGGCUUGCCCUAUCGACGACCUCACAAAGCAAGGCAUAGACAUGACGCUCGGCACCAAUGUUUUGGGUCACUUCUACUUCACCCAAUUAUUGAUGCCAGCCCUUCUCGCGGUGAAUACCAAUGUUAACCGCGAGAAGGCGCGCAUUGUCAUCACGUCGGCGUCCGGCAACUAUCUUACCACUCUGGAUAUGGACUGUUUUCAAGAUAGCCCCAAACGACGAUCUAAGGAUACUAUGGAGUUGUACCUUCAGAGCAAACACGCUAACGUCAUUCAUGCCCGUGAGCUUGCCCGACGUUAUGGCGACAAAGUAGUCACUACUUCGUUGAACCCUGGGAACCUACACACCGAUCUGCAGCGGCAUCUGGGUGGCAUCCAGAAGUUCCUCAUCUCAAUGAUCCUCUACCCUGCGCCGUACGGUGCCUUGACGCAGCUCUACGCUGGUACUGCUCCAGGGGCGGCCGAUCUGAACGGCAAAUUUCUCAUACCAUGGGCCCGUGUGGGUGCGGCGAGGAAGGAAACAGGGGAUCCGGAGAUUGGAUCGAAACUCUGGGAAUGGAUGGAAGAGCGUUACAAGGGAAUAUGA